AUGUACGGAAAGAAGCUGAAAACUCCCCGAUGGAAGGAGUGCACAUCUCAGACCAUGCGAAGAACGAAUUACGCUGCUAGUGCCAUUUAUGUCAGCAAAGCGUUCGACCAGGCAUCAAAGAACUCAACGUUGGAUAUGGCGAACGAUAUAAAAGAAGCGUUCCACGGAAUGCUUGUCGAAGAAGACUGGAUGGACAAUGCUACAAAGAAGGUUCUUUUUUGUAGAACAAAACUCUCCCACUAA